AUGAAUACAAACCCUUAUUCAACGCCUCAAAUAGAGAACCUGCAGCGUGCUACAUACUCAGGAGAUUCUCAACAGCCUCUACAUGCACCGGCAGCACGAGAUUUGGCAUUUUCAGGGCUUCAAACAGGCCAUUUAUCAGGUUCAAUUAACAGUGAAAAUAUUGAUACUAGAAAUAUGCCGUAUUUUGGAGAAGGGGGAUCAAUACAAGCUCAAACAGGAGCACCAGGGACACAGAUUGGAGCAAGUCUUUUAUCAGGAAGAAAAACGGGGAAAAUGCGGCUUUCCUUUGUAACAUCGAGUGAUCAGGCGAGAUUUGAAGAUAUUUUCCGUUCAGCAGUGGGAGAAAAUAUUGUUAUUAGUGGAGAAAUAGCAAAAUCUAUUAUGUCUAAGUCAUGUCUUACGCCGUCAGUGCUUGCAAAGAUAUGGGAACAUGCAGAUACGACGAAAUCUGGGCAAUUAAUGAUGCCAGAGUUUGUUUUAGCGAUGCAUCUAUGUAGCAUGGCAAUGUCGGGGAAAAGUGUGCCAGAUAAGAUUCCAGAAACUAUAUAUGACGAAGUAUUUGAUGUGGUUUCAUCUAUUUUGCUCUCUGUUCCGGAUACAUCGCCUUCUAGUUGGGGAAAGAAUGCACAGAAUAUGAAAACAAGCGGCUCAUCUCAGCAUGGAGCGCCAGGAUUGGGUGGAACGCAGGUUAUACAGCCAAUGCAGGCGACACAGGGGCAAGGGGGGCUUCAAAGCUCUCAAACAGGGCCGAUUUCACAGGUAGCAGGGUUUCAAACACCUUUUAUGCAGAUGCCGGGGGGGUUUCAACCGCUUUCCCCACUUACAUCUAAUAUUCAACCGCAAAUACAUACAGGGUCAGCACAUUAUACGGAUCCUAUGCAUUCAGGAAUGACGGGAGUGUCAAAUUAUGGAAUGAAAGUUGAUAAUACAGCGAUUCAAGGACAAUGGAGUGGAGCAAAUAUUGUACAGAGAAAGACCUCAGGGAUCUAUGCAUUGCAAUCGCAAUUGAUGCCUCAGACAGGAAGAAAAGAGGGAAUUGCUUCAGUGGAUAUGAGUGGAGCUUCUCAAUCAACAUGGGCAAUGUAUGAUAAUUUUUUGAGUAUUUUAGCUAAUGAUUUCAGAACAAAAGAUGAAAAACAAGUCUAUGAUAAUAUAUUUAAGUUAAAGGCAUGGGGUGGUCUUAAUACAGGUUUUAUUGAUGGGAAAACUGCAGUUGAAAUAUUUAGUCAAAGCAAUCUUUCUAAAAAAGAUUUGGAAUUAAUAUGGAACUUGGCAGACUCAGAAAACCGUGGAAAACUAAAUAUUGAUGAAUUUUCUAUAGCUCUUCAUUUGGUAUAUCGCAAAAUAAAUGGUUACGAGAUACCCUUAAAACUUCCACAAGAACUUGUGUUACAAUCGUCAAAAAAUUUUUCUGAUUCAGUUAGUCAAGUCAAAUCACUUUUACGUAAUCUUAAUUCUCAUGAAAAAAAAUCUUUUUCAUCUCAAAUUACAGACUAUACAAAACUACAAUCGUCCGACAAUGAUCCUUUUGAGAUAUAUUCUAAAAAUAUAUCAAAAUAUAAGCAAGAUAAUUAUAAAAUAGAACAUAUUUCAGAUUUUCAUAAAAAAGAAUCUUUGAAAAAUUUCGAUUCUUUUCUAGUUACAGAGUUAAAAAAAAAAGAUACUGGUCAAUUGGAUAAAUUUAUUAAAAAUAGAGAAGAAAUCCCUGAUAUAACCAAUAUUCAAAAUGAAAAAUAUAAAUCUGAAAUUAAAGAAAAUAAAAAUGAAAUAAAACAUCUCUAUCGUCAAAUUCGUCAUAUACAAGAAGAAAUCAAUAACCAUCCUGAUUCAUCGUUAUUAUUGCUUGACUUAAAUGAGAAACAUGUGACUCUUAAAUAUGAAUUGGAAGAUUUAUCAGAUGAACUUCCAAGCAUUAUCUCUAGGAUUCGAAAAGUUCAACAAGAGAUUGCAGAUGCAAAACUUGAACUUUUUAAAUUACAAGAUGUUAAAAAUUAUCCAGAAUCAAAUGCAAAGAUCAUGAAUAAUAAAGAAACAACUGAUUCAAAUAAAAGAAAUACAGAAGCAGCAGCAACACUAAGAGCUCAAAUGGCAAUUCUUACAGGAGAUUUAACAUCAUCAAAAGUUAAUGAUUAUGAUAGACGAUAUUCCGAAGCCGUAUUUAAUAUAAAUAAAGAAAAAGAAUCCAAUGAAAAUACAAUAUCUAGUAUUGAAGAGAGCGCAGAACAAUUAAAAAAUGAUUUAGAAUAUAAGCUCAAAAAUUUCAAAGAAAAAUUUUUAUCUAGCAAUGAUGAACGUAAAAAAUGGAAUGAAGGACUUAAUGUUCAAAAUGAAAUUAAAGAAUUUAUUUCUGAUUUGAAAAAAACAUAUAAACCUCAAGAAAAAAGCAAUUCAAAUUUUGAAAAUAAAUCUUCGGAUAUAUCAAUUUCUACAAAACAAUCAAUAAUUGACUUUUCAAAAAAACCUCUUUCUAAUGUUACACAUAAACAUGAUUCUACUUAUACUUCUUUAUCUAUUGACAAGAACAAGGAUAAAGCAGCAUGGAUCAAAGCUGAAGCAGAACGUCGUAUGAAUGAACGUUUAGCUGCAAUGGGUAUUGAGCCCUACAAAAGAUUAUCAGGAUCAAAUGAUUCAUUAAUUGUUAAUGAAAAACAAUCCGAUAUUAUAAAAGAAGCUGAAGAAAGAAGAAAAAAGGAUGAAGAAUACCAAAAGGAAAGAGAAAGGGCUAGAUUAUUGCGAAUAGAAAAAGAAAACAAAAACUCCCUUUCAGCAGGAUCUGAUAAGCAAUCAACUUUUAUUGAUCAAACAUCACGGAAUUCUAAAAAUAAUCAAAAUAUUUUAGACAUGCACUCAAAAAUAUUAAACGAGAAAUUUCAAGAAAAAGAUUUAACUGAAGAAAUAGUACAAAAAGAACGUAUAAAAAAAUCUAAAGAUACAAAAUCAAGAAAUACAAAAAAAACAUCUGAAAUAGAAAAAAAACAAAAAAAGAAUAGCUUACAGCAUGACCUACAAAUGAAAGAAGAAAGAUUACGUAAAUUAAAGGAAGAAAUGAAGGCUAAAAAACAAGAAGAAAUAUUACUUCGACGUAAACAAGAUGAAAUGGAGAAAGAAAUAAAAAGACUUUCGCUAGAAAAUAAUGAAGAUUACCAAAUAAAAAAAAAUGAUCAAUUAAAAGCACAAACACAAUAUACGUCUGAAACAAACCCGUUUCAAUACAACACUACUGAAUUACAUACAUCUUCAAAUAAACUAAAUAAUCCAUUUUCGACCUUACAAAAUCAAAACAAAUCAGACUCAUCUUUAGAUACUUUGCAUACAGCAUCAAGCACACGCCAUUCUUCACCACAUAUGCAGCCUAUAUCAAAAAUAUUACAUUCAAAUUACCAAACAGAUUCAAAUACGUGGUCUAUAUCUCAAUCAACGAGUGACAAUGAUAAUAGCGACGACAGUACAACUGCCAAAAAAAACCCCUCUCAAUUAGCAUCUAUCUUAAUCGGAGCCAUUGAAUCCGGCAAAGGAUCUCCAUACUUAAUUAAAAAUGACUCUCCUAAAACAUCAACAACCGAGUUAUUUGAAACACCUUCACAUUAUCUUCCUUCCCUCGGAAGGAAAAGCCCAUCUUCCCCCACUGCUAAUAGAGAUGCACUAUUAAAUCAAAUUCAGAAAGGCACUAAACUCAAAAAAACACCGGCUAUUCAGCCCCGUUCUUCCAGCAUUGUAGGAAAAGUAUAA